CUGAUCCCAAAUCUAUGAACACUCCCUUUCUCUCUCGUUCCAUUGCUCGCCAAUCCAUCGCUUCGAUCCAACCGGUGGCGGCUGCGGCGGCGGCCAGCGGCCAGCGGCCAGCGCGAUCAGGCACCGCCUGGCCCCCUAUGCCCUGAACGCGCAAUCCGAACCCCGACGCGCCGGUUUCGCCAUGGCCUCCAUCGAGCCCUUCAACCGGCUGGUGAGGCUGGCGGCGCGCGCCUUCUACGACGACAUCUCCAUGAAGGGCGACAACCAGCCCAAGACCUCCCGCGGGGAUAACCGCGGCAUGGCCGUCGUCGUCCUCGACGCGCUCACCAGGCGGCAGUGGGUCCGGGAGGAAGAUUUGGCUAAAGCGUUGAAGCUCCACUCGAAACAGCUGCGGCGCAUUCUCCGCUUCUUUGAAGAGGAGAAGCUAGUCACAAGGGAUCACCGGAAGGAGUCUGCAAAAGGAGCAAAAGCACAUAAUGUUGCGGCUGCUGCAGUUGCCAGUGAUGGUCCUCCAGUCACUAAGGAGGGAGAAGAGAAAAUAAAGAUGCACACGCAUUCAUACUGUUGCUUGGAUUAUGCUCAGAUUUGUGAUGUUGUAAGGUACCGGAUUCACCGCAUGAAGAAAAAAUUGAAGGAUGAAUUGGACAGCAGAAAUACAAUUCAACACUACAUAUGUCCUAGCUGUAAUAAAAGGUAUUCAGCCUUUGAUGCACUGCAACUGGUAAGCUACACAGAUGAGUACUUCCAUUGUGAAACUUGCAACGGUGAACUGGUUGCAGAGAGUGACAAGCUCGCUUCUGAGGAAAUGGGAGAUGGCGAUGACAAUGUUAGAAAGCGUAGGCGUGAGAAAUUGAAGGACAUGCAACAAAGAAUUGAAGAGCAAUUGAAGCCAUUGGUUGCACAACUUGAAAGAGUGAAGAAUCUACCUGCGCCUGAGUUUGGGAGUCUGCAGACAUGGGAAAGAGCAAAUAUUGGCGCUUUUGCACAUGGUGACCCUAGUGUAGCUGAUUCAUCUAGAAACUCACAAGGGCAGUAUGGUACACCAAUGCCAUACAUGGGUGAGACAAAGGUUGAAGUUGAAAUGUUAGGUGAUGGUGUGAAAGAAGAAGGUACUGAAUCAGGUAAAAAUGGUUCGGAACUGAAAGUCUUACCUCCAUGGAUGAUCAAAGAUGGCAUGAAUCUUACAAAGGAACAAAGAGGAGAGACCAGCAAGGCAUCAAAACUUGAUGAAAAAUCAGAAGCCAAGGAUGACAAAAAACAGGACUCGAAAGAUGAUCAAAUUAUACAGGAGGAAUACAUAAAGGCUUAUUAUGAGGCCUUGAGGAAAAAGCAGGAAGAGGAAGAAGCAAAAAGGAGAAUGCAGCAAGAAGGUGAGACUAUUGUCUCUGAUUCUCAAUCUGAACGCCAGGUGGGCAAGAAAUACAAGCGGGAGGAUGAAGAUGAAGGGAAUGCAACCGAGCAAUACAAAUUGGCAGAUUUAAAUGCGGAGGCCCAAGAAUCUGGUGAUGACGAAGAUGAUUAUGUGUGGGAAGAGGGUUCUGUUGAGUGACCUCCAGCUCCCUCUGGGUUUUUGUUGAAAUAGUUCAAUCCCAGCAUGUCACCGAUGGGGCGGAUAAGAUAUUCUGCCGAUUACACAGCACUGCACUGAUGAGUUUUUGAUUCUGUUGCACUUGAUCACAAAAAACUUCUCCAAGUGAAAGACCAGCUCCUAUGCAUUUUCAGUUGAAGCAUGUACAAAAUGUUCCUAUACUCAAGGAGGAAAUGAACAUUUUUUUCCCUGUAAGUUGGAAGAGUUGUGCAAUAUUAUUUUGUGGACGAUUUUAUAUUCCAGCAAAAGAAAUUACGAAGUUUUAA